AUGUUGUUUGGUCGUUUCAGGCGUGGCAUGGACAAGGAGAAUGGUGAGGGUGGCGAUGCGGCCGGCAAGCCGCCGCCCGACGGCUUGCUGGACGCCGCUGGUUUAUUCGGAGCAUACUGGGGCCGCGAAGGUUCCGGAGGCGGCGCGGCGGCUGCGCAGGCGCAAGCCCAGGCGCAGGCGCAGGCGGCGCUUUUCGGCUUCGGCUCUCGCUACCCGCCACCUUCGACCCUCGGCGUCGCUGCCAACCAAGCCGCCUCCCUCGGAAUCCAUCCAGCUGCCAGUGCGGCGUGGUGGUCGAUGGCAUCACAUCUAGCAGCGCAGGACUAUUUAGCUCGUUUGCAAGCCUCCGGUCUAAAUUUUCCACCGCUUGGCGAUCCCUACUCAGCCCUAUCCGCAUUGUCUGGGGCUAGUGCUGGAAUGAAACAACCACCUAAGCAUCCCAAACAACCCAUCCGUAAUGAUAGUAGAUCAGGUAGAAGUAGCAGCGGUACGUCAUCAAGUGCAUCAAUGAAAGAUAAGAGUCCUUCAACUAGCGGCGCCAACUCGCAGCCAACCAUGAGUGAGUGGGGAACUUCGUACGGAUUCCCGAAGACGUCAUCUCCGUCGACGAUGCACUCCCAAGCGUCGCUAUCAAGCCUGGCCUCCCUCAACAGCUUGGUGUCAGCACCGCAUCAGUCCAAACCCUCCAGCAAACCUCCACCUGCACCUACUCCACCCAGAAAGAGCUCAUCAAGUUCAUCUGGCAAAAGCAAAGACCGUGAUCUCGCUCUAUUACGUGGCGAUCUAAUGUUAGCUCAAGCGGCAGCUCAUGGCGCCUAUCAUGCUGCGGUUGCCGCUGCCACCAAGGGAAAGAAUAUGUCACCACUAGGAUACCCUUUUGGAAUGCCGGGCUCAGACAAAGAUCGACAUUCGAGCAUUGAUUCCCUCACAGGUCUUCCACACACCAUACUCAGUGACCCAUCAUCGGUGCUAGGGGGCGUCCGUCUCCCACCUGACACGGAAAUUAUCAAAUACACCUCGUCCCUAGCAGGACCAAAGGUUCCCCCAGGGACGACAAACCGCGGUCGCAAGAAAACCAUAUCGCUUGACCCGCCGCAAGUCUCUGUUCACCCUUCAGCCGGUGAUAGGUCCACGCCGUUACCGAACAAGCGUCCUAAAGUUGAGGAUUACGGCAGUUCCCGGUCAUCUGUGGAGGUGAUCCGGUUGCCGGGCAAAGCUGACAGAGCGGGGGGCCCGCUGGCGGGCACGCCGCCGCCCAACCUGGCGGACUACGCCGGCAUCUCGCGCGAAUUGCUGCAGACCAUCGCCAGCCAGAGCGGCGUCAGCUUAGCGGCGCUCGAACGCCAGCUAGCUGGCGCCCAGCCCGCCUCAGAUUCCGGUCUUAACCUGAGCACAAAAUCAGCAUCGUCGGAAGAUGCACCAUUAGACCUGGGCGUCAAAACGGCAGCUGAUGAAGAUGCUCCACUAAACCUAUCAUUGAAGCCUACGCCGCCAAGCACGCAGGCUUCAGAUGCGUUGUCCCGUCUCACUUCUCUGAGCAGCUCUCUAAAUUCCUCCUCCAAUAAUGACAGAAUAUCUCGCCGCAAACCAGGGGCGAAACCCCGCCGAGUAGCGCCUGAACUGAACUCUCAGGUAGCUGAAUCACCACGACCUAAAUCCAGCGGUAGCGAGGAUAGUGAAUCUGUUAGCGGUUGGCCGUCGCGCGAGGGUCGGCCUAGGAACUUGGGCCGUGGCGUGAGCAAGCCCAAGAAGAACACGGUGGCGUCGCUGUUAGCCCAGAGCCGUGCGCUCGGACUACGCCCUGCACUCGCGCACCAGCUGCUCGCCGAGACCGACCUGGAGAAGCUGCGGUCGCUGCUGGGCGAGGGCGCGAGCACGGACUCUGAGUGUCCGUCGGACAGCGGGCCGUCGGACUCGGACGCCAGCGACCCGGGCCGCCGCCACGACGCGCAGCUGCGUCUGCCGCUCGCGCUCGGUUGGAAACGUGUGACGCUAAUCAAAGGACUGUCACGUAACUGCAACAUAAAAGGCGACGUGAGCUACACGCCGCCCGAGCCGCACACCGGACUUGCUAUCAAGUCCACACAAGAACUUACCACGUUCCUGGAAUCGAAUCCGUGUCCGCCACUAACGACGGACAACUUCAGCUUCAGUGCACGCUCGUUAUUAGGCGAGUACGUACAGCCUGCUCCUGAUCUGGGAGAACCGCUAAUAUUUAAUGAAGCUGAAAUCACGAAAAGGUUGGAAGAGGCGCGCGCGCUGGCAGCGGUGAGCGCGCCACGGCCGACGCCGCCGCCGGUGGAGCGGCGCAUCGAGCUGGCGCGCCGACAGCAGGCUGCGCGAGACGCGCGCCGCGACAACGCGCCGCGCCGCGACCACGCUCGUCUUGUACGAGAGUUAGAAAGAUCCGAAAGGGCUGAACUUGCGAAAAGGGAAAAAGAAGUACGAAGUCAGCAGCUGUUAGAGCAUAUCAACAAGAACCGAACGCAGCUUACCAUCGAGCCGCUGCCGUCAGUACAGAAAAUGAAUACCGAUUCCAAUGAAUGGAAAAUUCCUGAAAUAGUGAUGGGCCCUGCUGUUAAAACCAACAAAGACCGCACUAUGCCACCAAUUAGUCUAUCCCUAAUACCUGUCAGUGGACCGAAAGAUAAUCAAAAUGUACCAAUAAAAACAUUGAAUUUUGACCAGAGUGGCUGGAAAGAGGAGAUUGAAGAGUAUAACGCUCUAGAUAAAAUGAAAGAUUUCGCAGAAAAAGCUGCUUUCGAUUUACCGAAACGACCAAAAGAUAAAUAUUUUGAUUUUACGUUAAUGAAAGCAGCAGAAAAGAAAACAAAGGUGCCAGAUAAAGAAAACAAGUUAGAGAAAUUAAUCGAAUCAUAUUCGAGAAUCAGUGAAUUCAUAAACGGCUGUGAUUGGUCGAAAUUAGAAGGUGAUAGUAAAACAGAAGAUCCUAAGAGCCUCGAGCAGAAAUACUUAGAUGCCAAAAACGAAUUUAUGUCUCAAAAUCUAAUGCUAAUGCCAAAAGAUACUCAAAAAUCUGUCUUGAAAGAAGUCAUAGACCUUAGUUGUGAUGAUGAGAAUAUUCUUAAUGAUAUUAUAACGAAAAAGAUCAGUCAAGGAACAUUUAACGUAGGGAAAGAUGGUGCGCUAUCUAUUUCUGUACAUCCCUUCGGCAGUAAGGACAUGUACUUGGCUAAGAAACGGAAACAGGAGGAGUUAGAGAAGCAAAAAAUAGAGGAUCAGGCGAAAAGGCAGCAGGAAAGAGAACUAAAACGACAGCAAGCUAUUCUGUUAAAAGAACAGGAGCGCGAGCGGCGGCGGCAGCACACCACGUUCGUGCGGCAGCUGGACGCGCGGCGGCGCUGGGCCGAGCGCGAGCGCCGCAAGCACCAGAACCUGCUCGACCGCCUGCUCGCCAAGGAGCGCAAGUUGCAGCAGCGCCGCCGCGAGAUGGAGCUGCUCGCGGAGCUCAGGAGGCCUCAAGAAGACUCAACGCUAUCAGAUCAGAAACCCCUACCCACACUAAAUAGGAUUCCGGGUCUUAAGCUGCCCGGCCAAGCCAUGGCAGACUUACUACAAGUUUACGAGUUCAUUAACAACUUUGGACAAACUCUUGGCUUCGACGUGGAGUCGCUGCCGAGCCUGCAGACGCUGCAGUGUGCGCUGCUGGCGGAGUGCAGCGCCGACGCCGAGGACGAGCUGCUGCAGGUGCUCACGCAGCUGCUCGUCUGCGCCAUCGAGGACCCGGGUAUCCCCCAUCCAGGCCGCCACACGACGCUGUUGGGGCAAGCUAUCCGCAUGGGCGACAUCACCCCCGCCAACCUCAGCGAGGUUCUACGUAUUUACCUUUACGCCAAUGCCACCGGGGAAAUCAAGGCGCUUACUGGUCUAACAGCCGAGCGAGAACGAGAGCGCAGAGUUGCAGACCAUCACCAGAACGACGCGGAGAUGCAACACACUUGUUCCAACACCAAAAAUGCCGCUUACUACGAGCAUUUGCAUAAUAACUCAACAUACAAACUGUCUGAAACGCUUCGUGAUAAGCCAUUCCUCGCUCUAAACCCAACCACAAAAGCGCGCAUGUUGGCGUACUUGUGCGACGAGUUGCUGCAGAGCAAGGCCGUGCUGCGUCAGAUAGACGCUUCGCUCGAUCACCUCAACCAACUGCGCAAAGAACGAUACCUCAUGGACAUGAAAAUUCGAAAAGUGCGAGUUCUGCACCAGCGCAAGUUACGCGCCGAGCAGGCGGAAAAGCAACAGGCGCUGGCACUGGAGCGCAUGCAGCGCCUCGUCGAGGAGAGCACCGCUAUCAACACCGUGCUGCCACAUCUACCCGAAGAAGAUCAUUCUAUGAGCGACAAGAGUGAAACGCCGAAGAAACUUGACAAGGUCGAGUCGCCGCAUUUGGAACACGAGACAAAUAAACAACCAGAAUUACCGUCCCCAUACAAAGACCAUGCACCUAUUGAAGAAAGUGACAAAGAACUAUCGCCCUUAAAAGAUCUCUCAAACAGUAUAAAGACUAAGGAGAUAUUAAACAACAAUAAAGACGAUUGUUCACCGCCAGAUAAUUCUAAAAUUGAUAAAGAUAGUGUGAUAGGUGAUUGUGAUGCAAUAUUGAGUGACUUGGAAAGUGAAGGAACCCAACCAGAGGAGGACGAAGACAAAAAUCUCUCAUCAGAAGAACUCGCUCGUAAACUGGAGAAACUAUUAAGGCAGUCAGAACAACAGCUACAGCAGCUUUCAGCUGGCUCACACGCACUUAGAGCGACAUGUUAUGGACAAGACAGGUAUUGGCGACGAUACUGGUCACUAGGCAAGAGCGGGGGAAUAUAUGUGGAAGCCAUGGAAUCAGCCCAACCUGAGAUCUUAGCCUACCAAGAAGCGUUAGAAGCGGCUGCUUUGAAAGGGCAGCCUUUAAGUGAUACUGCAAAGAGAAAGAAAAAAGGCUCAAAGGACAAGAAAGAAGUACCCGAUGAGAAGCAAGAAGGAGAAAGCGAAGCGCAACGACAAGAAGAAGCGCUACAGAGCGAGCUGGAGCUCCGUAAUAUUAAAUCUGAACUGAAUCUGAGUGACCAUACGCAGAUCAUUAAGUACGAGCCUAAUGUGAAGCAUGGCACUUGUAAAGUUGAAGGUUCUUCAAUAAAAAUGGAAGAGAAGUAUAUCCAGCAAAAACAGAACAAAGAAGAAGAAGAUUUAUUAGAUAUUGAAGACUCCAUUCCCACCGCUUUCCUAGUCCAAAAACCAACUCACAAACCAAUGUUUGCAACACAAGCCGAACCUAUGGAUAAGCCUCAAGAAAUUGUUAAAGUAGAAAACGUUGUUAAAACAGAAUCGACAGAAAAAGAAGUUGAAGAAAGUAAAGAUGAACUAGUCAACAAUCUAGAAGAACUGAGGAAAAUGGCGGAAGCCGUUUCAUCUCAAUUAGAUGCAGCUAAAAAAGCCGAAGAAAAAUUGAAGGAAGAGGCUGAGGUCAAAACUAAAAAAGAGCUCCUCGAUGCCGAAAGUGCACACGCGCAACUUUACAUGAAAAUGCUUGAAGGAAAAUGGUUCUCAAUUUUAAGGCAUGAGAGUUCAUAUUUGACAAAUAUUAACGACGAAAAAUCACAUGAGCAAAAGAUACCAGAUUUUUGUGACAAUGAGCACACAUGCUCAGAGGUAGUUAUGUGCCAAGGUCAUAAAUGGGAUGUAUCUAACAAUUUGCAUUUGCUUAAUGAUCCUAGUUUAUUUACGCUAAACAGCAUGGUCACCAGUGUUCAAGUACCUACUAAUAACAUUUACACAGACUCCAGUUUGACAAUGUCUGGUCUGGAUCAAGAAAUGAUGGAUGCUAGUAUAAAUAGAGAAGAUAAUGAACAAGAAGAGGAGAUGGAAGAAGAUAACAAAGAACAAGAUAACGACCUUGAAAAAGAACUACAAGCGGAUUCUGCAAAGUUAGAAGCAGCGGCUUUAAAAGCGAAGGCUUCGGGUCUAACAAGCCUAGGCCUUCUGAAUUUUAACGCCCUGUCCACAUAUGUGACGUGUGACAGUCCACCGCCAAUUCACAUGUCCCCUGAGGAGAUGGAGCAGUUGGAACAUUGCAAAGUGCAUGGACUGCCUAAGAAAUUGGAAGGUGGAUUCGUGCCUAGAGAACUUAGGCACGGCUGGUGGCGCCUGGCGGCGAGCGAGCUGGGCGGCGUGCUGCGCGCGCUGCAUACGCGCGGCGUGCGCGAGCGAGAACUGCACGCUGCGCUCACGCACCACCCGCCCACCUUCCCGGAACACGCACAUAUUGACAAAACCGACACAACGAAUAUGGAAGUCACUCCAUCAACUGGCGAAAAACCAGAUCAAGACUUUCCUCCACCUGAUUCACCAAACUCAUUCUGCGCUACUACAGCACGCCGCGUUGACAUGCAGCUAUUAGCUAUGGUUGAAGGGUUAGAAGAGAGAGUAGCAGCGGCGUCAAUACAAGUGAAAGGCUGGCGACCAUCACGUUUGCCUCUCCCUGAAGAAGCUACUGGAGCUGAAAUAGUAGCCCGAGCACGGCACAAGUUGGCUUCAGUCGAGGCACACAUUGAGAGGAGAUAUCUCAAACCGCCUUUGGUACAAAGUACCACAGAAGCCACAUUAGGAGCGGUAUUGCAAGGAGAAUAUGGUAAUGCUUCCGUCACGUCACCGCAGAAUUCCGAUGCGAAUGAAGGGAAAGACAGGGGUAUAGCCCGAGGAUUGGCAACAUGGCGUGAGGCUGUUGCUCGCUGCAAUACGUCAGCACAGCUCGCCAUGUUACUGCAGGCCUUAGAGGCAGCUAUUGCCUGGGACAAGAGCAUCAUGAAAGCCAAUUGCCAGUUUUGCUUGUCUGGAGACAACGAAGACCAGUUAUUGCUUUGCGACAGUUGUGAUAAGGGUUAUCAUACCUAUUGCUUCAAGCCUCGCAUGGAGAAGAUACCUGAAGGCGAUUGGUACUGUUGGGAGUGCGUGAACAAGGCGCGCGGCGAGCGCGUGUGCAUCGUGUGCGGUGGCGUGGCGGCCGGCCGCACCAUCCCGUGCGCGCUGUGCGUGCGCGCCUACCACCAGGACUGCCACUACCCGCCGCUCACCAAGAACCCGCGUGGCAAAUGGUACUGCUCGCAGUGCAUUUCACGCGCACCUCCAAAGAAACCACGAAAUACAAAGAAGCGAGAAAGCAAACAUAAGGACAACAGCAUCGACCUUGACCAGAGUAUGGUUCCAAGCCCGGCAGCAUCGCAGGCGUCCACCUCGACGACAGCAGAAGAGUGCGCGGCAAGCGUGCUGCACACACCCGAGAAGCAUGACGAUCGCGACGAGCCGCUCGCCGAGCCGGAGAACGGUCUUAACCACCACCCUGUCGGCGAAUUAACGGAAGACGGCCAGCCGCCUGAGAAACGACGCGCAUUGCAGUUUGGCGGAAACGGAGCCUUGCAACACGAUGAAUCGGAUCACAUGGACGUAGAGGACGUCAAUUCAGAGAACAUGCCUUUGGUGCCGCGAGGGAAAAAAGAGAAAACCAGUGCCAAAAAACAACUUAAGGAAUUACAGUUUUGCAAAAAUUUGCUGUGUGAGAUGGAGUGCCAUGAGCACGCGUGGCCAUUCUUAGUGCCGGUAAACACGAAACAGUUUCCGCAGUAUCGCAAAGUAAUCAAGUGUCCCAUGGACUUGUCCACUAUUAGGCGCAAGCUUCAAGAUGGAUUCUACAAGUGCAAGGAGGAGUUCGCGUCGGACGUGCGACUGAUCUUCAGCAACUGCGAGGUGUUCAACGAGGACGACAGCCCGGUGGGGCGCGCGGGCCACAGCAUGCGCCAGUUCUUCGACGCGCGCUGGCCGCACGCGUGA